CUUCCAUUUUUAUUCUCUGCUUUAAAUAAUAAAAAAAUAUAAUGAAGAGUUUGUCUCCAUCUUGAGGUGCAGAAAUGGCAGAAGCAGAGUCUCGUUCUCUUGAAUAUACACCAACAUGGGUCGUUGCGUUUAUUUGUUUCAUCAUCGUUCUCUUAUCUCUUCUCGCCGAACGUGGUCUUCAUCAUCUUGGAAAGUGUCUGAAGCGUAGGCAACAAGAUGCCUUGUUCGAAGCCUUGCAGAAACUCAAAGAAGAACUGAUGCUCCUUGGGUUUAUCUCCCUAAUGUUAACGGUAUCUCAAGCUGCAAUUCAGCAUAUAUGUGCCCCAGAGGCUCUUGUAAGCAACAUGUUCCCCUGUAAGAAGCCAUUGGAGAAGCAUCAUGCUCCUCAAUCCUCUCAUACGGCCAUUAUCAAUGCACGACAUCUCCUUUCAACAGGAGAAGGCUCGAACCAAUGUGCUGCCAAGGGGAAGGUUCCGUUAGUAUCCGUGGAAGCGUUGCAUCAACUCCAUAUCUUCAUCUUCGUGCUAGCGGUUUUUCAUGUCAUCUUCUGCGCCUCAACCAUGGUUCUUGGAGGAGCCAGGAUAAAACAAUGGAAGCAUUGGGAGAAUUGGUUCAAGAAGCAUCCCUCUCAAAAAGGCUCUGCAAGGCGUGAUCAUAGUCAUGGUCAUGCUCAUGCUCAUCCUAACGCUCAUGCCAUUCACGAGUUAUUCAAUGCAAAUCACGAGUUCUUCGAGAUGCAUGCUGGAGGAUUUUGGAGAAGAUCUGUUGUCAUCAGCUGGCUGAGAUCAUUCUUCAAGCAGUUUUAUGGUUCUGUCACCAAAUCAGAAUAUAUAGCUCUGCGACAAGCAUUCAUUAUGAGGCAUUGCCGUACAAACCCGUCAUUUGAUUUUCAUAACUACAUGCUAAGAACACUGGAGAUAGAUUUUAAGAAAGUUGUGAGCAUAAGUUGGUAUCUCUGGCUCUUUGUGGUCGUCUUUUUGCUGCUGAAUGUAGGAGGAUGGAACACCUACUUCUGGUUGUCUUUCUUGCCUCUGAUUCUGUUACUAAUGGUGGGUGCCAAAUUGGAGUACAUAAUAAGUAGCUUAGCUCUGGAUGUUUCCGAGAAGCGAAGCCGCGCAGAAGAAGCAGUGAUCACACCUUCUGAUGAACUCUUUUGGUUCCAUAGGCCAGGAAUAGUUCUCCAACUCAUCCACUUCAUUCUCUUUCAGAAUUCAUUUGAGAUUGCUUUCUUCUUCUGGAUUUUGUUUACAUACGGAAUACAUUCAUGUAUCAUGGAGAAACUAGGCUUCCUUAUUCCAAGGCUCGUCAUGGGAGUGUUAGUCCAAGUGCUUUGCAGUUACAGCACGUUACCACUAUAUGCCCUUGUGACACAGAUGGGUAGCAAAUUCAAGAAAGGGAUAUUCGACAAUUUAGUACAGUCCACACUGGAAGGAUGGUUAGAAGAUUCGAGGAACAGAGGUGAAUCCACGAGCGAGGCUCAUAGGAUAGAGAUGCAACCUACCACUCCUGAAUCGUUUAAUGUUCAAGUUAUGGAAAGUGAAAACCCAUAAUUAAGUUUCAAUCUGUGUCUCUUAAUCCAAGUAUAAGUCCAAUAAGAUCCCUUUAAUUCGUUAAUUCCACUUUAAUUUGUUAUACCGACCCGCCAAAUGUUUCUUUCUACUUUUGAGGCUACUACAAGUCUAUAUUAUAUCUCUCUUUAGUUGA